CCCAGGGACAUGUCAGCAGCAGAGAGCUGCCAGGCACUGGCACUGCCGAAGAUGGAUGGGCCACAGGGUCACAGUCUGUCUCCUCGGGCACCGUGCCCAACCUUUGCGGAUGAAGCCAUGUCAUUGCUGAGCACCAACAGCCUCCUGGCCCGGUCCCUGCUGGGAGCACGGCAGAUCAAGCACAAGGGCGCCAGCUCGGUGAGCCGGAGAAAGCGGGAGUUCAUCCCAGAUGAGAAGAAGGACCACAACUACUGGGACAAGCGGCGGAAGAACAACGAGGCGGCCAAGAGGUCCCGCGAGAAGAGGAGGGUCAACGACAUCGUCCUGGAGCAGAGAGUCAUCGCCCUGCUGGAGGAGAAUGCCAGGCUGAAGGCCGAGCUCCUGGCCUUGAAGUUUAGGUUCGGCCUCCUGAAGGACCCCUCCGAGGUCCCACCUGCCCAGAGUCAUGCCCAGCCCCUCCACAGCAUCGCCAGCGCCCAGCCAGCUCUUGUACCCAGACCCGGCAGUGCCUAUGGGUUGCACCCUGUGGACAGUAAGGGUUUCCCGGGCAGAAGGAGGCAGUUUGGAGCCGAGCUCAGUGCAGAACAGGAGCCCUGCGCCGUCUCUGAAGACUCCGGGAUCUCCACCCCAGGAAGCUCGAACACCGGGAGCCCCGUCUUCUUCGAUGACCAACUGAGCGACCGGGACAAGCUCUCGCCGAGCCCUGAGGACCACUUCGAAGCCCAGCUCUCAUCCGCCAGCGACGCUGAGGUGGACGCCAGCAGGGUGUUCGGCGCAGAUGGCGUGAAACCAGCCAGGACCUUCGAGCUGACUGAGACGGUCAAAAGCCUGCCUCACAAACUGCGCUUCAAGAUCGGAGCCGGCGUGGAGGACAGCGCCGAGGUAGAUGUGAAAGUCAAGCUCCUCCAGACGGCAUCGGGCAAUGUUGGCAGAAGGGCUUCUGACCCACCAGCUGGCCAGGUCAGGGGGCAACAGCAAGUGUGCUACGCCAACAUGCUGAUGCCUCUGGAUGACCAGGGAGCAGGUACUGGCUUGGUACCUCCAGCUUGGAGGACCCAUGUUGGACUCUCACCAGAUGACAGCAGAAGUGGUCUGCACUAUAGAUAUUUGUCAGAUGCCACUCAGCUCAAUGCCCAGGGAACUCCAGGCUAUCCAAAAGGCACUCUGAAAGACGAUUCCAUCUACAAAUCUGAAAACAGUGCCCUUAAAAAUCAGCUUGCUUCCCUCUCAGCAGAAGUGGAACAGCUGAAGAAGAUGUUCACUCAGCAAAUGUAUCCCAAUCUGAAUUGAGGGCCAUGUCUGAUGAUAUGUGCACUUUUUUUAAAAAAAAUUUCGAUUUGCCUCCCUGUUGAGUAGUUUUAAGUUAUUUGCAAAUACCUGGAGUCUGUGUGCAAAUCUGUAUUUAUUGUGGUUGCUGUAAAUAAGACAAAUGUGUGUAAAUAUAUUUUUACUCUUUUUAUUUUCUAAGUGAUCGCUGUCAUUGUAAUAAAUUCUUCAAAGCUCUUCACACAA